CUUAGCAGUCAGCUGUGCCGUAGCCACGACCACCAGAGCCAGGGGUUCGCGGAGAUGUCGUCCAGAGCCAUGAGAGCCGGAUCUGGGGAGGACACACUGGCAAAGACUGGUACUGACUCGCCAUCUACCUGGGCUGAGGAGGAGGAGGGGGACCGGAUGCCGCCGCUGCUGCUGCUCUUCCAGCUCUGCUGCAUCAGUGCCAUCGAGGGGAUGGACAUCGGCUUGCUGCCGGCCACUACCCUGGCCCUCCAAAAAUCCCUGGACUUGCGGCUCACCCAGAUUGCGACCAUGAGCCUUGCACAGGCGGUGAUGCAGGCACUGGCAGCGCCUGUGUGGGGCGUCAUGGCGGAUCGGAAGGUGGUGCGCAGGAAGACCUUGCUCUCGGUGGGCGCCUUCUUUCAGGGUCUUUGCGUUGUGGCAUUAUCCUGGACUGAGGGCUACUACCUGAUGAUUUUCCUGCGCAGCGUGAACGGGGCCAUGUUGGCCUCCCUGAAACCCGUGUGCGUGGGCAUCGUGGCGGACACCACGUCCGAGCUGAACCGAGGGAAGAUCUACGGGUACCUGCAGUUCUUCGUGACGGUGGGGAUGAUGCUGGUGGCGCUGAUCGCCACGCCCAUGUCUCAAGCGACCAUCGCGGGCUUCGAGGGCUGGCGCGUGGCCUUUGUGCUCAUCGGCGGCUUCGCCAUCUUCACCGCCUUCUUAGUCAAGGUCUUUAUGCACGAAGUGCGGCAGCAGAAGACCUGGGAUGAGGGCGCCAAGAAGGGAGGCUGUGAGGGCUUCAAGGACGAGCUGCGGAAACUGGCAAUCUACUUCACCAUGCCCACCUUCCUCUGCCUGAUCGCCCAGGGUGUGUUUGGGGCGGUUCCAUGGAACGCCUUCAACUUCGCCACCUUGUACUUCCAGGUCUCCGGGAUGUCGGACAACGCGGCGGCCUCGCUGACGACGAUCUUUCAAGUGGCCUGUGCCUUUGGCAACAUCCUCGGAGGCAUGGUGGGGGAUGCCAUGGCCCGGAAGUGCCCGGACCACGGGCGACCCUUCACCGCAAACAUCUCCGUCACCUGCGGGAUCCUGCCGGUGUACCUGAUCUUUAUGACCAGGGGCAGCUAUUGGGUCAACAUGAUGCUGUUGAUCUUCAUGGGCCUUUCGGCCACCUGGUGCGGCGUGGGGGUGAACUGGCCCAUCCUCUCGGAGAUUGUGGACCCCCGCUCCCGCAGUGGCAUCAUGGCCUGGGAGAGCGCGCUGGAGGGUGCGGUGGCGGCGGUUUUGGGCAACGCCGCCGUGGGCUUUCUCGCCCAGAACCUCUUCGGAUACAAUCUCGCAGAGGCAGAAGCCGCCAAGACGGAAGGCGGCAACGAGAACAACGCGGCGGCGCUGGGCAAAGCGCUUGCGCUCACCUCCGUGCUGCCCUGGCUUCUGUGCCUGCUAUUCUUCAUCUUCUUGCAUUGCGCCUACCCUCGCGACAAGAGGAGAGUGGCGCAGGAGAAGCAGCAGUAUUUGGAGGAGCACGGAGGCCGCUACGCGGAGAGCGAAAGUUCGUCGGGAUCCGACAACGAGGAUGAUUACUUGGAAUACCUGGGCUGAGCUUUGCGGUUCUUAGCUGCACAGAGAUUGAACACA